GUUGGGUGGCUGCUUUGGCGUUCAGGACCUUUCCCGACUUGGAAUAAUUUUGGGAAAUUACUAGAAAGUUGUUGUGCAGUGGGGAAUGGGAAACUUUUGAAUAGGAUUUGGACAGUAGCUGCACAAAUGAAGAAAGGGCACCGACAGCUGAAAGUGAAAGCUGUUUGCCCCACUCUGUGAUCUUUACUUGUGUUAAGUCUUUCACUUUGGAGUUCUGGGAUGGCUCUGAGUAAAGGAUUGCGAGUGUUUGAGAAGCAGGAGCCCGGCUGUUGUAGUGUGCUGCUGGAGUCCAGGAGUCGGCAAGAUUGUCUCCUCUUCGAGGCUGGGGCUGUGGCCAUUCGCUCAUCUGAGGAGAAGGAGUUUGUGAAGAGUAAUUAUGUGAAAAUAAUGGAUGCGUAUGGCUGUUUAGGUGUACUCCGUAUAAAGAGGGGUGAUUCGAGGCUCUGUCUUCUGGUUCUGGUUACAGGUUGUACAUCUGUAGGGAGGAUCCGUGACACUGAUAUUUGCAAAAUUACCACAACGGAAUUUGUUCCACUUCAAGAAACGACAGCAGACGAAGAGCGAGUUAUUGUCUUGAGGAAAUUGCUGAACUCUGGGAUGUUUUAUUUUUCAUCAACUUCUGGUUCAACUUUUGAUCUCAAUCUUUGUGCACAGAAGCUAUAUGCAAAGGAUCAUGAGGCAGGAAGCCGUUUUUUCUGGAAUCGGACUUUACACGUACAUCUCAAGCAGUACCAAGUAAACUGCUCUGAUUGGCUACUGAAGGUGAUCUGUGGUGUGGUAGAGAUCCGUACAGCCUAUGCUACAGAAAAGAAGGCAAAGGCAUGCCUGAUAUCGCGGCUCAGUUGUGAACAAGCCAGCACCGGUUUCUACGUACGAGGAACUGAUGAUGAUGGGCAUGUGUCCAACUUUGUUGAAACAGAACAGGUAAUUUACUUGGAUGAUGCAGUGUCUUCCUUUGUCCAGAUACGAGGAUCAGUCCCAUUAUUUUGGGAGCAGCCCGGAGUGCAGGUUGGCUCUCAUCAUCUGCGGCUGACCCGAGGUAUUGAAGCUGAUGCUCCUGCUUUCGACAGACACUUGAUUUCGCUGAGAGAGCAGUAUGGAAGUCAAGUCAUUGUCAACCUGCUAAGAAUUAAGGGAGGAGAGGAAGUCCUCAGCAGGGCUUUUAAGAAACUGAUGUGGGCCUCUGCUCAUGCCCCUAACAUACCAAUGAUAAACUUCGACUAUUACCACUGUGUGAAAGGUGGGAAGGUAGAGAAGCUGCACUCGUUGUUAAAACCUCAGCUGCAGGAACACCUGGAGCAAUUUGGCUUCUUCACCAGUGGCGAGCAUGUACAUCGUUGUUUUCAGACAGGAGUGCUUCGAACAAACUGCCUUGAUUGUCUGGAUCGGACAAACAGUGUCCAGUCUUACGUGGCAUUGGAGGUUUUGUACAGCCAGUUAAAGAGCCUGGGAAUGGCCUUUAAGAAGACAGUAGUGGAGCGUUUUGUGGAAUUUUACAAGACAAUGUGGUCAUUGAAUGGACAUAAUUUAAGCAAGAUCUUUACUGGAAGUCGUGCACGAGAGGGAAGAACAAAGGUAAAAGAUGGAGCACGCUCUGUAUCUCGAACAAUCCAGGCCAAUUUCUUUGAAGGAGCUAAACAAGAUGCUAUUGAUUUGCUCCUCAUGGGGGAUUUUUACAACGAGGAUUAUGAUAAGGCGAGGAUGCUGAUGGACAGCAGUGCAUUUUUCACACCUCCUGGGAUUUUGCAAGCUAUGUGUGAACGGCAGGUAGAAUACACCAAUAUUAAGUGUGUUCGCAUCAGCAUUGGGACCUGGAAUGUAAAUGGUGGUAAACAGUUCAGAAGCAACAUGCUCAGUAGUGUGGAACUCAGUAGUUGGUUACUUGAUUCUUUCAAACAGAAUGAAACACCCAAAUUCCAGGAUAACGAGAGCUAUCCACCAGACAUCUUUGCUAUUGGAUUUCAGGAAAUGGUGGAGCUCAGUGCAGGAAACAUUGUCAAUGCUAGCACAACUAACAAGAAAGCAUGGGCAGAACAGCUUCAGAAGGCAAUCUCCAGGACGCAUAAGUACAUCAUGCUGACUUCAGGGCAACUUGUCGGUGUCUGUUUGUAUAUUUUUGUUCGACUCCAUCAUGUACCCUAUAUUAGAGAAGUUGCCGUGGAUAGGGUGAAGACUGGGAUGGGAGGAAAGGCUGGGAACAAAGGAGCAGUAGCUGUUCGCUUGCAGUUUUACAGCAGCACACUCUGCUUUGUAUGUGCCCAUCUGACAGCUGGACAGUCACAAGUGAAAGAAAGGAAUGAAGAUUAUAGAGAAAUCAUGCAGAAACUCACCUUUCCAAUGGGAAGGAAUGUUUUCUCCCAUGACUAUGUGUUCUGGUGUGGUGAUUCAAACUUCCGCAUUGAUCUUCCAUAUGAGGACGUCCUCAAUCACAUUAAGAGGCAGGACUGGAAAGCUCUUCAGGCCUAUGACCAGCUACAACAACAGAAAACUGAUAAUAAAAUUUUUAAAGAUUUCUUUGAAGGCACCAUCAACUUUGCUCCAACAUACAAAUAUGAUGUGGGAACAGCUAUUUAUGACAGCAGUGACAAAUGCAGAACUCCUGCUUGGACUGAUCGAGUGCUGUUAUGGAGAAAAAAAUCGCCCUGUGAUACAUUGGGUAUAGAUUUAAAUGGCUCUGAAUAUGAAGCAGAGUCAAAGGUCAAGAACAUGUGGACUCCAGGUGAUCUGCUGUAUUAUGGGAGAGCAGAGUUGAAUGCCUCUGAUCAUAGGCCUGUGUUAGCUAUCUUUGAAGUGAAUAUUCAGGAAGUGGAUAUUUUUGCACGUGAGGAAGUGUUCCAAGAAAUUACAUCCUCUCAGGGGCCAUCAGAUGCCACUGUGGUGAUAUGUCUCAAAGGACCAACCAAUGAGGAAAGGGAGACAUUUCCAGAUGACCUAAGCAAUGAAAUAAUUAAUUGUUUUCAGAGUUAUGGCACUAUUUUAUUGGUGAGGUUUGAUCAUGGACAGAUGCUGGUAACUUUUCAGGAUAGCCGGAUGGCUCUGAAAGUUUUGGAUCUAGAUGGAAGAAAGUUUAAUGGCAGAGUGGUAAGUAUAAGACCCCGGACCAGAAACUGGCUGAAUGAUCUACAUGAAGAAAUGAACGUUAAUAGGAAUAGUAUUGCACCGAUGUCCCCGACUGCAAAUUCUUGCCUGCUUGAAGAAACCUUUGAUUUCAACAGUCUGGAUUAUGACACCGAAGGAGAUAUAGAUGAAGAUUUAGAUGAAAUUGUUCCACAGCACUUGGUGACAGGACAAACAGAAAAUCACAAAAAUGCACCCGAAGAGUCUCCAGAAUCUAAUGUUAAAGAGGUUCAUGAGUUUCAGUUACUUAACAGAGUAACUCAAAAGGAAGAAAUAACAGGCAAUGCAAAAUGUCCCACAAUUAAUCAGGAGGUGGCUCUUCAAAGUGAAUUUCGACCACGUGCAACAAGUAGAUCUAUGUCAGUACCUGAUCGACCUCAGCCUCCACAAAGACCUCCUCCUCCAACUAUACAAAACAUGAAAAAAUCUUCCUCUGAUGUUUUGCUUUUAUCUGAAGAAAGUCCUUUCCAGGCUUUGAUUUCAAACUCAUCCCAGGUUCUUCCAGGGACAACUCAACAAGCUGUAAAUUAUGCGCAGUCUUUAUCUAGAACUGGAAUUAGCAAACCAUAUAAUGUGAAACAAAUUAAAACAACAUCUGCCAGGGAAGCAGAAGAGGCAAUAAGGCAUUUAAUGGAGCUGAAAACAGGAUGUUUGGAUUCAGAAGCCAAUGCAAAACAACCUCUAGUACAGUCAAUUCUUAAAUCCCAGUCUAAUAUACCUCUUGCUGCUGAGCAUGAUGCAACUUAUCCUGCUUCUUCAAUACCUCUGUUACCUGCUCAAUCAAUUGUUCAAAGUCAUUCUCUUGCUAGGCCAUUCCCUCCAAAAGGAAAAGGGAUAAAAAGUGACUCGUACCUCAGUUCAGAAGCUGGUAAUAAAAAGGAACACAAGUCAUAUAAAACAGCUGCACCAGGCUCUUGCCCACUGGACACCACAGCAUUAGUGACUCCUAAAGAAAAUACUGAAACAUUGAAGCAGAUACUCGCACAACCACUGCUGAAGUAUACUCUGGAACCGGAUGAGCAGUGUGCCAGCAACAAAACGUCACAUGAACUUUGUCAUAACCCAGACCCAGUCUCAGAAAAUGCAGCUACUGCUCCAAUUGCACCUCCCCGCAGGAAGAAAACUGCAGCAUCUUACUCUCAAGUUGACUACAGUUCUGUUGUGAAACCAUUCCACGGUAAUCCCACACAGAAUCUUGCCCCUGCAUGUGAGACGCAAGGCAAUAACCGUCCCUUUAAACUGUGCAAUAUUAAAUCAUCAUUUAGCAACAACUCUCUUCAAGAAACUAAUACAUCAUACUUUAAUUGGAUGGCGGAUGCCUCUAAUCUUUUUGACCCUUCCAAACAUCAAAGCAACUUUAAGAUAAAUCUGCCCAAAUUCAGACAAGAUACAAAUGAUGCUGAAACAAAAGCAUUUGAGCAUGCCAUUGGUUUCAAAGAUGAAGGAAUAUCUCAAAAAGGCUCGUACAUACCUGGAAUGAUGAAUGUUCAAAAGGAUUAUAGCAAACUAUGACUGCAAGGAGCAGUUAUCAGACUGUAGGUUCCUCACAAUACUUUAAAUUAGCCAUUCAGUGAAGUUAACAGAUGCCUAUGCUUCCCCUGUUUGAGCGAUGGAGAACUGAAGGAUUUUUGUAUUUUUUGAAUAAUCUUUUCUUAUCACCUUGUUUAGUAGAUGUUUCUGAACAAGAAAUGAUGUACAAUCCAUUGAUGUAUAUUACUGAUAUUGCAUAGAAAUCUUAAUUCUUAGCAAAUAGUUUCACAAGUGAAAGAAGUAAAUAAUCACUCAAUAUUA